GCAAAUAAAAAGGCGCUGAAAAUCCAAGACAUGCAUUUCACACUUUCGAAUUCUUUCUCACCGAGUCUGUUCAAUAGCUCCGGCCGCCUUGGCAUUUGCCUUUUUUCUUUCCUUUUUUUUCUUUCUUUCUUCCUCUUCUGUUCAGGGGUUUGUUUACCUAGCGAGGCAAUUCAUGCUACCUUUCCCUUUGGAGGAGAACGCACCUCAAAUGAACCAAAAGACACACACAACCACAACAACACGAGUUAUCAAUACACGGCACGAUCCCAAGGUUAGUAUCACCAAGCCAAGGGGCAGUUCGGCGAACCGAACAGCCGGGAACAUUGCACAACUAUUCACACGGAGCCGAGAACCAACCGGUUGCCAUCCGACAACCCCCUCCUCCCCUUUUCCCAAACCCGCCACACACAAAACCUCAUCACAGGGUACAUCAUCAGGACCGCCGACGUUGUGCGACUCCAACUAUGAGCUGUGCUCUCUCUGCCACACGACAGCUAUCCGAGAGGCAGCCCUCUCCCUCACUGUUGCUCCCCCCCUGUCUCUGGGUCAGCAUCUUCAGCUACACAUCCCCCUCUCCCUUCCCUCCCUCUCUCCUCUUCUUCUUCUUCCAACGGCUAGUUACAGCUCAUCAGCCAGGCCCAACCCCCCCUUCAGAACACACCCUGUUCACACACACUCUCUCCAGCCACAAUGGAAACUUACCUCUCAUUCGGCUGUCGACCUUAUAAGUGCAUUUGGUUUCUGCAAUCUAUGCGAGACGCAAAGGACCUUCACCCCCCCCCCUUGCACCCUUUGGCCAUCCUGCGCCGCACCGCGCAAAACUCGCCUCUGAAGAAUACAUGUCUCCCUCCUCUUGCAUCCUCUUUUUCUUC